CCCCGGGGUGCUGGAAACAGGAGCGGAGUGUGUGUCAGCUUGGCGAGGAGACAGAAGUCACAUCUGACAUUUGUCAUCAGUAAACUGCUCUGAGGUCUGUCAGGGGAAGGCGGGACUCACUUUACCGGACUCACCUUUUUAUAGUUGUGCAGUAUUUCUGCUGUUUUUCACCGCAACACUGAUCUUUUAAAAACAAACCUGAAGAUGCCAACCGGUACUCUGGAAAGAACAUCUCCAUCCGCCGUGGCUGCCACUCCGGCAAGUGCGGACUCCACACCCGAAAAACCGCGGAGUCUGACAGAGAGCAGAAAGUCCUCCAAACCAAUCAUGGAAAAGCGAAGACGUGCGCGCAUCAAUGAGAGCCUUGGACAGCUGAAGACCCUCAUCCUAGACGCACUCAAGAAAGACAGUUCCAGACACUCCAAACUGGAGAAGGCAGAUAUCCUGGAGAUGACUGUGAAGCACCUCAGGAACCUGCAGCGACUUCAGAUGACCGCUGCUGUGAACACAGACCCCUCCGUCCUGGGUAAAUACAGAGCUGGGUUCAGUGAGUGUGUUGGAGAGGUCACCCGUUUCCUGUCCACGUGUGAGGGGGUGAACACUGAGGUGAGAACUCGCCUUCUCAGCCACCUGGCGGCCUGCGUGACCCAGAUCAACGCCGUCAACCUCUAUGGACCUCACUUGGGCACGCUUGGACUUGGACAGACCAACACGCAGAUCCCCGCUGCUUCAGCCCCACAGAUGCCUUGCAAAAGCAGCUCAGCGAUGCACAUUUCCCCAGAGGCGAUGAAGCUCUAUAGUGGCUUCCAGGUUGUGCCGACGCCAGACGGACAAGUCACUUUUCUUGUUCCCAGCGCAGCUCUCAUACCUCUCAGUGCACAAAACAGCCACCACGUGUCACCUGUUGCACCUCCGGUCACCUCAGACUCUGUGUGGAGACCAUGGUAGAAAAUCAGCUCAAAAGAUUGUGGAGAGAAAAAUGGACUAUCACACAAUAAAACAUAUUUUUGUACAUUUUGUAAAUGUUUUUUUAAAAUCUACUUGAGAUGGAUGUUCACACACAUUUGUGUUUCUUAAAUGGACACUAGGAGAUAUUCUUGGCUUGCUCUGAUUUUCUGCUUUUGAUAUGGCACAAUUCAUUUGCCUCAGGAGGUCAAGGACACCCUUGAAAAUCUCCUGAAAAGCAUUGUAUUUUUUGAGAUUAAUAAAAUGUUUCUAUGAUGCU